AUGGGAUCGAUCUAUUGCCCCGACGAACAGUUCCGCUUCAAGAAGUACAAGUUUUUAGCACCGACGACCCCGGAAGAAGGAUGUCUCGAAAUUAUAACCUGCCAACUGAAAGACGCUCAAACGAUCCUGACCCGCUGUGCACAACUCCCAUUGACUCCCGGCACGGGGAAACUCCAGAGAAAGAUUCAAGCAGAGAUCAAAUUUUACAAUCAGUGUCUCAAAGGAAAAAUCAAGAAGGAGAACCUCACUGGGAAUAACUUACCGUACCUUUCCUCAUUGAUCGACUGCGCUUUCCGAGUCGAAGGUUUCAAAGAUGUAAUGAAACCAUUUGCUUUCCCUGAGAAUGACUGCCUCAACGAUCUCCCAGAGGAAGACUAUUUCGAGAGACCCGAAAGAAUCUCCGUGGACGUAGUAGCCGACGGUGGCAAGUCAUGGAUCAAAGUCGUUGCGCGAAAACCAGAAGCUCUAUUGGCGUCCAUCAUGGGUGAUGGAGAGUACGGUCGACGGACCCUGAUGCAUCAAAUACGUGAUAUGGUUGCCUGCUCGAAGCAUCAUCCUCAUCUCUAUACAAUACCGCAAGUCAAAGUGCUUUUUGCGUGUUCUCACCCGGUCCCCGAAGAAUUGAAAACAAUUGUCGAGGAGGCUGGUGCGACUGUGAUGACGACAAUAGGAGAUAAGCCGUCUGACGACGGAUUCGAUUGUGGGAACGGGGAGUCAUCCACCUUCCGAUCGCUCCGUUUAGAAGAAGUUCCGGAGGACGCCAUUCUGAAUCUUGACGUCUCUACGAUGAUCGCAUAUGUCUCUGCUCUCACGAAUGGACGCGCUAAUUUUCAGUUCCAGGAGAAUAUCCUGUCCGAACAGGCGGAGAGUGAGCGGAAGGACCCAAUUAAGCCUGUAUUGGAGCAACUUUUUGAGAAAAGGAAGCUCAUCUGCUGCCAUACUGCCUUCAAGGAUUUCACGCAAAUUACGAAACUGCUGGCUGGUCCCACGGAGAACGCGGCGACGACCAAACUUCUCAAUAUGCUCGAGAUCGUGCCCGACGAUCCUUCGGAGCGGACCUCCGAGCUCGACUUCAGAGGGAAAGUGAAGCAGAGACCCGUAGUCGUGUUCGGUACAGGCGACUCCUGGAAAGCUGUGACGGUCACGUCCAAUCUGGGCUUCCUGCGAGCUGCAGCGGGUCAAGGUUUGCCCUUCGUCGCAUUCGUCCACUCCCCUCGAGCUCUCACAGAAAAGAAAGAGGCGACCGCGACUCCUCUCUGAAACAUUGCAAUCUUCGAAUCGAUAUUC